AUGACUGACAAUCUUAUUUAUUCCGAAUUAGCGUUGUCUACUGCAUCCCAAGCCCAGAAUGACUGCAGAUGGCAGCAAAAAGCUUCUUCUUCAAGAUCCCGUCUCUCUUAUGUGGCAAUAGCUUUGGGGCUCCUGUGUGCCAUUCUAGUGAGUUUGCUGCUAUUCCAGUGGAUCCUGUGCCGGGGUUCCAAGUUCUCCACCUGUGCUGGCUGUCCUGGCUGCCCAGACCUCUGGAUGUGGUAUGGUGACCACUGUUAUUACUUCUCAGUGGAAAAAAAGAACUGGAAUUCUAGCCUGGAAUUCUGCUUAGCCAAAGAUGCACAUCUCCUCAUGUUUAAAGACAACCAGGAAAUGUUUCCACUCCAAAAUUUCCUCAGUCAGGACUUUUACUGGAUUGGUCUAAGAAACAAUUCUGGCUGGAGGUGGGAAGAUGGAUCAGUCUUAAACGCCUCAAGAAUUCUUGCAAACAGCUUGGUACAGAAGUGUGGUACCAUCAGCCGAGGUGGUCUCCAAGCCUCUAGCUGUGAAGUUGCUUUGCCGUGGGUCUGCAAGAAGGUCAGACAUUGA